AUGAAGGAACUCUCGCUGCUGUCUCUUUCACGUCUAUGUUUCCUCUGUAGUUUUCUGGACGGGGCUCGCGCUCAGGAGGCUGCGGGUGAUGGAGAGGAUGGAGAGGAUGCGCUCCAGCGGGGGUUGACAUGGCAACACAACGGGCAGAUUUUUAGCAUCCUGAGCCGCGGCUCUCAAUACCGGCCGUCCGGCAGGAGGCAAACCGGGUCGCCCCGCCGCGGUAACCCGGUGGUCGUCCUCAGCAGCGCUAACGAAACGGUCCCGGUCGCGUCCCGGGGCUCCCCGCGGGUCCCCGCUGCCAGCGACACUGCGCAAUUGCGCGCGGCGAUGCGUCAACAGCCGCGGGCUCGGCAACCAGCGCCCGGCAGCCACGGAGACUCUGCCCCGGUCAGACGGGAAUACAUGAUGGUCGGAGACGACCCGUACAAGUCUUCUAACUAUUACCCCUAUUACAACUACUACAACUCGUACUACAGACCCAGACCCAGGACCCAGAACCACCACGGAUACGGAACCAGCUACUACCAGCACGGUCUCCCUGAUCUGGUUCCUGAUGCGUACUACAUCCAGACCGGCACCUACAUCCAGAGGAUGUCGAUGUACAACCUCCGCUGUGCUGCUGAGGAGAACUGCCUCGCCUCCUCCUCUUCCUCCUCCAACGACUACGACACCAGAGUGUUGCUGCGGUUCCCUCAGCGGGUGAAGAAUCAGGGAACAGCUGACUUCCUGCCCAGUAAACCUCGAUAUUCGUGGGAGUGGCACAGCUGUCACCAUCACUUCCACAGCAUGGACGAGUUCAGCCUGUACGAGCUGCUGGACGCCGACACUCAGACACAAGUAGCCGAAGGUCACAAAGCCAGCUUCUGUCUGGAGGACACUUCCUGUGACCCGGGGUACCACCGCCGCUACGCCUGCACCUCCCACACUCAGGGCUUGAGUCCAGGUUGCUAUGACACCUACAACGCUGACAUCGACUGUCAGUGGAUCGACAUCACCGACGUCUCUCCUGGAAAAUACGUCCUGAAG